UUGGCUCGUGUUGUGGUUGUUGUUCGUUGGUUCGUUGGGGUUGUAGUUUUAAUCGUUUUAGUGUUGUGGUAGCUGACUACUUUGUGAAUAUAUGUGCGCAGUUUUAUACGUUGUAACCGUUGUGAACUGUGAAGUGGAGAUUUUCUGAGCGACGGGUUUUGUGAGUUACUAGAUGCGGCAUUUCUGCUGUGUUACGUUGUAGGUGGUGUUGCGCGCCAUUAACAUUUGAGGUGCUCCGUUUGGAUUAUUGUCAUCAUCUUUGCCUCGUCAAGCUAAGUGGUUCCUGAAUAGAAGCAUGCACAUUUUUGUAUGAAACUAUGACGCUUUGAAGUUGCAUAAAGAGGGUUUCUAGUUUCGGCGUACAGGGCUGGCCGUCACUGUUCUAGAUAACGAAUACAUAUGUAUCCGUACCGAACAUUUUUUUAGACUUGUUGGAGGUUGCAUUAUUAUCAAUAUGGAGCCACAACUCAUUUUUCAUUCAUGAGCCCCUCCAGAUAUAUAAUGAGUGAAUGUUUGCAUCUUCAAGUUCUGUUCAAAUUCUGUUCAUAGCAUUGCUACUAUGCUACACCCAUAAUAACGCGUAAUAAUAUUUGACGAUAUCGAAACAUUGUUGAAUAGGUAGACUCUGCUCGUAGACAGUUCAACUUGAUGCCAGUUGUAGCAGAUGUAUCAUAUUCUAGCAGUUAUCAUGCCACCCCGCCUUGGACUUAUCAGUAUAUUAUCAGUAGUUGCUGUUGAAAACGGCUGUUCUGCUGAUAGUCGUAGCAGGGUGUUUCUGCUUGUGGCAGGGGCCUUCAAGCGUGUCGUGGGGGGACUCCAAAGGUUUCAGCUUACUGUUACUGCCCUCGUUUCCGUGAAGAUUAUCAGUUUAAGCUUAUCAGCAAUGGGAAUUCCGAGGAAAAGCGGAUCCUCGAAUCAAGGUGACCAAACAAGAUAAACCAUAGUUCCACGAAGUGCUUGAUCAUAUUGAUGAGAAUGGCGUUGUCCGUGUGUACCUCACCUGUGUAUUUACUCAGUCUUUCUGUACAGUAAUAAUAGUGCAUUUAGUGAAGAUCUGCGAUUUGUGUGCAUUUUGCAAUAGUGUCUUAGUGGACAUUAACAGUUGGGACGUGACGUGCUAUUCCUCAUGCAUUGAAAAAGUUUUCACGGUUGCCCGUACAAGGGGCUUGUCUGAUAUUAAACAUUGUUCUUGAUUAUAUUGAUAUUGAUCACUUUUGUACUAUUGUUGACAUGUUUGAUGGUGCUUCCAUCCAAUGUAUGUGUGUGUGUUGACUGUCAGUUAUUUCUCAUUCCUUCGAACAUGUAUGAUUAUUAUUAUUUUUUUUUUUUUUUUUUCAUGGCAGUGUUGAUCGAUGCUAGUACGUUUCUACUAAAAUUCUCCUGCCACUUUCUCGGCAGGCUGUACCUAGAGGUCUCUAAAUGUUAUCCAUGUCCGACGUGUGGCUUGCCUAAAUGUGAACGUAAUUGUCUCCGUCCUCGUCUGUCAACCCGAAGAGAUCCAAAGUCACUGUCCGUCGUCUGUCAUGCUCUGCAGUUCAGCUGAAUGUGGGGAUGACUUGCGAUUUCUCUUGUUGUUCCAGAAACGAUCUUCGGCGUGUGUUUCACAAACUCAAGUCAACCCCGUCUGCAACUUCUUCUCGGAGUUGCGUGUCGUGGAGGCUCGCGGAAGAAGGAAACUCGGGUUGUUUUGCGUUGCGUUGAUGCUUAGCUCAUACCAUCGAGCGCUGUUGGAAGCUAGUUUUGUUAAGUCAUGAGGUGUGCUGCCUCACUGGUGGCAAUCCCAAGAGAGCCAAGUCAUUAUUGUGUCAUCAGCUGCGUAUGCCUUGAUGGAACUUGUACAACACCGUCACGUUAAGUUUCAAUUUUGAGAAUUUUGCGGAGUUGAAAUAAUGUUUCUGUGCCGGAAUCGAGGAGCACGCCAUGUAUUUGUGGAUGCCAUGUUUGGCAAAAAGCUCUCUAGUGCUAGAGCGACACCUGGAAAAUAAGUGCACAGAUGGUUACCUGUAAAAGAGCAGUUUUCCAUUAAGAUAUUGCAGGACAUUGCGUGAGGAAGUCAGGGAGUUCCUCGUUGGUUUCUUUUUCAGCAUAUCUGUUGAUAACAACAAAGACAGGAGACAAUGGCUAUCUGCAGGGGGAACGUUCAGAAAAUGUGAAGGGCUCUGCACUUUCUUUUGCCAUUGUAGCAAUGUGUGUGUGAGGUCAGAUUACAGCUCAGCAGCUGCAUUUCAAUGACCAUACAUUGAUUUUCUCACUUAUUUCUGGAGAGAACUUUUCUCAGGCUGUGUGUAAACCCGAUUUCCACUUUGUGGUUCCAGAAAAAAAAAAAAAAGAGAAGAAACAAAAAACAAGGCUUCUUUAACUCUGCAAAUUUCAGAGAUCAAUACAGAGAACUGAAUUUUUCUCCGAUUAAAAUUCCAUAAGAUUGCCAAUACUGUGCAGCAAAAGUUUCCCGGUUGUCAAUAUAGUUGGCCCUAUUUUUUAGAGAAACAUUGUUUUCAAUAGGAUUUUUUGAACACGUUAGUUGAGACAGCCUGUUACUAAGAAAUGAGAGAAAUGUGAUUUUUAUUUUUCUGCCAACUUGGCGUGUUUUGUGUCAACUUUGGUAGCCCAUGUUUAUACCGCUGUGCUUGCAAUCAGCAAGUCCCGUUUCAUUCUCACUCCCGUUGUCUACUUUAUGCUGUUUAUUGUUUCACGUCUUUUUCGAGAGGCGCAUGUUUCGAUACAACACGUUUUUCUUUGCCUGCUUGGUAAACGAUGCCGUUUCCAUUUUUUCAGAGGCGACAACGUUCAUAAGAAUCCUUCCAAGGAGUCGGAAAGAGAUGCUGUACUGCCGGUUCUGUUCCUACUCGUCCAUUUUCGCGCACUCCGUGAAAACCCACGAGCGGAUCCACACGGGCGAACGCCCCUUCAAAUGCACCGUGUGUCAUGCGGGCUUCACUCAGAAGCAACACCUGGUGGCGCAUGUUCGCAUGCACACCGGCGACAAAAUGUUCCGUUGCAACCUCUGCCGUUGUGCCUACGCGGAGGAACACUACCUCGCUGCACACAUGGAAACGCAUUUGGGCGAACGCCCCUUCCCGUGCGAGCUGUGCCCGAAAAGGUUUCGGGACCGGUGGUCUCUGGACAGGCACCAGCGUACGCAGCACAAGGAAUGUCGCGUUCUGUCCUUGUCUGUCUCACGUCAGCUUGCAACACGCUUCCACUUUUCAGAGCCGUCUGUCGACACAAAAAACUCGUCCGUGCCGAGGAAGUUCUACCGCUGCAAGUACUGCCUCUUCAGGACAUCCAACAUCAGCAGCUUCAACAUACACAGGGACACACACGGGGGCAACGACGAACGUCUGCCGGUUCCCGUCUCGUCGAUCAAGCAGGAGCCGGAGUCCUACAGCUGCCACCUGUGCGCGGCCGCGUUUCAGACGCAGGACGUCCUGCAGGUCCACCUGCAGAAGCACAUCACUUCCUCCCACCUCUACCACUGCAACGUGUGCGACGCCGUGUUCGGCAACGUCGAGAUGAGGGACGAACACAUGGUGGUGCACACGAAGGAGAAAGUGUACAAGUGCACCGUGUGUUCGCGGCAUUUCUUCAAGAGGUACCUGCUCUCGAUUCACAUGCGGACGCACACGGGGGAGAAGCCGUACCCGUGCAAGAUCUGUUCGAAGCAGUUCAGCAUAGGCUCCAACCGUGACAGGCACGUGCGCCUGGUGCACGGGCCGGGCUCCAAGUCGCGUAGGCUCGUGUGAGGG